AAGACGAGUGAAUAAUAUUGACAAUGAGUGGAAGCCGAGUUGAUAUGAAAAUAGUCCUCCUGGGCAAGGAGUUUGGAGGUAAAACCAGUCUGGUGGAGAGAUUCCUACAUGACCGUUUUCAUGGAGAAGCCCCAUACCAGGCUACCAUUGGGGCUGCUUUUGGUGCCAAAAGAAUCGAAGUUGUAGGGAAAAGUUUAAUAUUGGGAAUAUGGGACACUGCCGGUAGUGAGCGCUAUGAAGCAAUGAGUAGGAUAUAUUAUAGAGGGGCCAAAGCUGCCAUAGUGUGCUAUGACAUGACAGACUCAGAAAGUUUUGCCAGAGUUUGUUUUUGGGUGAAGGAAUUGAGAAAUAAUGAAGAGAACUGCAAGAUUUACCUUUGUGGAACAAAGAAGGACCUUGUUGAUGAAAAUAAGAAUAAUAGAAAAGUAGAUUAUCACAUGGUCACAGACUAUGCUGAUGAAAUACGAGCCAAAGUAUUUGAAACAUCUGCCAAAACAGGUGAAAACAUAAGAAACUUAUUUUUAAAAAUAGCUGAAGAUUAUACGAUGGAUCCAGUAAAUAAGCAACAACAGGAAAAGGACACACUUAACUUACAAGAGCCAACAAAGAAAAAGAGAUGUUGUUAGUAGCCAGCUGGACCAUUACAGUAUAUUAAAUACACAUAUUAGUUUUCUUCCUAUGCAUUUAUAUUGAAGAAUGGGGGUGAUUUUAAGGACUGACACAAGUUUUUGUGACUUUGAUUUAUUGAAGAAUUUUGGCAGUGGCUGCUACAAAGCAGAAAUCAGAGUUGAAUGAAUGAAACCAUCCAUAUGUCAUUACCAUCUAGUGUCCAGUUAAAUUUUUAAUAAGACUCCUGACAGGGAGCAAGAUAAGAAAAUGGGUAUGUAAAUACACUAGCUUUACUCAUUUUUGCACCAUUUUUAAGCCUGCAGUUUAUACUGCAGCUGUACCUGUACUUCUUAGUGAUUCAAAUUAAUUAUGUUAAAUAAUAUUAAAUGUGCCAUGCAAAUUUAGAGCUAGACAUGGAAAUGAAUCAAAACAAUAUAAAUGUAGACAUUCUGCUACCUGCAACCUAUACACUUUUGCAAUUUUUGUAUGAUAAAAUGUUUUUUUUUGUUUUUUUUUUGAGGAUGAAAAUAGAGAUUUAGUCCUUUUUUUCCAACUAAGGAAGUUGGGGGGGGGGGGGCGGCGGUGAGUAUUGGCAAAACCUGUGAUACAAGCUUUCAUUGUCAUUGAAAAUCCAAGUUAUUUUUUCAAUAUUUUACCAAUCUGUUUAUGGUCAUAUUUAGAUAAUUUUUCAUA